AACGACCCCACAAUAAGCCAACAUGAUUUAAAGCUUUCAGCCCCCUCCCCCGUCCACUCUCUACCUUCCCGUCAUCCCCUGUGUCCUAGUAAAAACACUCCCGCGCACGCAGAGUUGUCACGGCGGCCGCAUAUGGCAAGAUGGCGACAGAGUUCCAUAACCUGCAAGAGUUGCGGCACAGUGCUUCCCUGGCCAACAAAGUCUUCAUCCAGAGAGACUACAGUGAAGGAACCACCUGCAAGUUUCAGACCAAGUUCCCCAUUGAGCUGGAGAGCAGGAUUGAGCGAACACUCUUCGAGGACACUGUGAAAACUCUCAAUAACUUCUACGCGGAGGCAGAAAAGAUUGGAGGACAGUCAUAUUUAGAGGGGUGUCUGGCCUGCACUACGGCAUAUCUGAUCUUCCUUUGCAUAGAGACUCGUUAUGAGAAGGUGUUGAAAAAGAUAGCCAACUACAUUCAAGAACAGAACGAGAAGAUCUAUGCUCCCAGAGGUCUGGUCAUUACAGACCCAAUAGAAAGAGGAAUGCGUGUUAAAUUUCCAUCUAUGAAGACCGGGGCUCAUGUGGCUCCAGCUCAGGAAGCAGCUCUGUGUCUGGCAGUACUGCCCGAUGACUAACUGUUCCUAAAGAUUGUGUUUCACCCGGUUGACACUAACACCACAUCCUGCAAUAUGGGACAUGCUGUACAUCUCUUUAGCUUCGCUCACAAAAAGAAAUCACAAGCGAUUUAUUUAUACAUUUUUGGUGAAAAUGUGGAGGAAAAAAACUGAACUAUGGGUUUUUGUGAAAUUCUAAUUUUCUGUCUGAACAGGAUGGCAGGUGUUACUGUUUAGCUAGGAAUUAGAAAUUUAAACACCACCCAACUUCAUACCUCAGCUUUCACACAUCUUCCACUCUGGAUCCAUCAGACAAGCUAGGAUUUAAUAUUAGGUUUGUCAGCUAUGUCUGAAAAUCUGAAGAUCAAAUUAAAGAGAUUCAAACUUUAAAGUGAUGAUGUGUAGUAGCAAAUAAUGUAUGCUAUGAAAUGUAAAGUGUAGCAAAUUAUCCAUUAUAUCGUACCCAAGACAUAAAACACAGAAAUGCUUGAAUAAGACACUUACCUCUGAGUCUCAGCUCUUCCUAAAUUAGAUUUUUUAUCUUAAAAGUCUUCCUGAAUCUUACCAGAUGGUGUGUUUAAAUACUCAAACAGUCUUUGAACUUGAGCAAAUGUCCAAAUGUUGAAAAACUAAUCUGAAUGUGUUUUUUUAUUAUUUUGAUGUUGAACACAAGAACCACUUUCAUAUUGAUUUCCUUUAAUACAUUCAGCGAUAGGACAUGUGCGACGUGUGUCAAAUAAUAAAUAAAUGUUGAUUUAAAAUGGCAAAAGUUUGUUAUUUAUUAUUACAUAGUUAACAUAGUCAAGAGACCAAAAAGUUGUUGUCUUACCUUUACAUUAUAUUAUUACAUACUGUAUAUUCAUAAAACUCUACAUUACACAACAGCACAGUCUAAUGCAAAAUGGGCCUGUACUGUACACACUUAAGACCAAAAUAA